CGGCGACCCUGACAAGGCAGACCACUUCGGUAACACGGCUCUCCACUUCGCUGCGGCCCGCGGACACACCUCGUGCGUAACUUUCCUCGUCAAUUUUGGCGUCAACGUGUGGGCUCUGGACAUCGACUUCCAUACGCCAAAAGAAUUGGCUGCCAUGAACAGCAGAGACGAGAUUCUACGCUUUCUGGACGGCGUGGCGGCCAAGGAGGAGGCCUCCAACAAAAAGAAAACAAAAAUGUUGAAGGAGAAGGCACAGAAGAAUGCGGAUAAGAGAAAUAAGAACUACGAGAAGAUGAAACAGAAAGCCGAGAGAUUGGCUGAAAAAGAACAGAAUCGACUGAGGAAGGAACGUGAAAAAAUGAUGAACAGACCCGAGGACGUUACGAUCAUGCCCCACAGGCCGUCGAAUAUUUUGACAAUUCUGAAGCUGAAGGGGAAAAUGAAUUCUGGACAUUCAAAUGCGAACGUAAACCCGAGUCCUCGGUUUUCGGAGAUUGUCAGCGGGGGGGGAACUGGAACUGUGAUAAGCGGGGCGAAGAAAUUAGGGGCUACCGGUGUUCAGAAGAAAUUACAACAGAAGAUGAAUAAGAGCCAACAACCGACUACAAACAACAAACAAGGGGCAGGUGACUUCAAGAUAGGACAGGUCGAGAUGGACGGCAAACGCUCUGUACGUAGCCUGACAGGCCUUCGACGUGAUUCAGAGGUCAUGUAUGCUGGAUCAUACGAUACCCAGGCAGGAGGAAAGCAAAGAGGGAAGAUUGGGGAUGUAUUUGACACUCGAGGGGAACUGAUCCGCUCCACAUCAGAACCUGAGUUCCUACACAACCCCGACAGUGGCUUUGGGGAUGAAGUUUUGCUUCAAGAACCUGCGAGCAUAUUUGACCGCCCUGGCUUUGGAAGCGUGGCUUUCAGGAACAGUAUUAGCGCGACGUUGAGUGCUCUACCGAGAACAGAUGAUAAGGCGAGCACGAUGACGUCGAACAGCGAGAAAGGGGGCGGAGGCAGUGGGAUAGAGGAAUGUAGCAUUGGAAGUGCGGGCAGCCUCGCAAAACGCAACCAGCACAACACGGAGGCACUUCCGUGGGACGACGAGGACGUCGAGAGCGAUGACGACGACACCAGCGACAAUCCUCCGCAGUGGUCUCCGCUGCAACUCUUUCUGAUGUCCGCGGGGCUGAGCGAGUUCACCAGCUGUUUCGUCGGUGAACAGGUUGACUUGCAGGCCCUGAUGCUCCUCACGGAAGACGACUUGAAGGCGCUCGGUCUCGGCAUGGGACCGAGGAAGAAACUGCUCAAAGCUGUGGCCGACAGAAAAGCAGCUCUGGAGGACCCAGGGGAAGUGUCGGACAGCAGAUUGUAGUAGGACGUGCUCUGAAGAGAGACGGUGGCCAUUUGCUCGGUGAACAUGAAGACGAUCUGCGUUCCUGUAUCACACAAAAUAUAGACGAACUUCUUCGUCUCCUUCUCCUUCUUUUCGUUAUUCUUCUCCUUCUUCUCCUUCCUUUCUUUCCUCUCCUUCUUCUUUU